AUGAGUAUUAAGCUUCUAGUGUUCGAUGGCAAGAAAUGGAAUCGGUGGAUGAUUCAAAUGUGUGUUUUGUUUUAUUCUCAAGAUAUUCUUGAUCUCAUCAAAUAUGGUUACAUUUCGGUUGCACUUCUGGAAAAUACAAUGGAUGCGCAGAGGAAUGCUAAGCGUGAUAUGAGGAAGAAGUGUCAAAAGAAGUUGUUCUACAUCCAUAAAUGUAUGGAUGCAAACGUGUUUGAGAAAAUUGAUGAUUCGACGACAGCGAAGGCUGCAUGGGAGAUACCGGUACGAUGCUACGGAGGUGAUGUAUCAGUGAAGAAGGUAAAGCUUCGGUCUCUACAUAAGCAGUAUGAGAAUCUCAACAUGAAGAACAAGGAGAAGAUACCUGACAACAUCUCUAGAGUGAUUCUGAUCACAAAUGAGAUAAAGUCAUGUAGAGAAAACAUCUCCGAAGAAAAGAUCAUUGAGAAGGUACUUAGAUCUCUUACUCCUCAGUUUGAUUAUAUUGUGGUAGAAAUUGAACAUUCUAAGAAGCUUAGAACCAUGAUAAUUAAAGAGAUACAUAGCUGUUUAAAGGCACAAGAGUUGCGUAUGACUGAGAGAAACUCUGAAAUAAAGGCAGAAGAGUGCUCAAAAGGGAAGGAUAAGUAUGACAAGAGGAAAGUUCAGUGUUGUAAAAGGUUUGGCCACUUCGCUACUGAUUGUUGGUCAAACAAGGAAAAGAAGUCAAAAGAAGAAAACAUAGAUAGAGGAGAUUCUGAUGAUGAAUCUGUGCUAUUAAUGGCUUAUGAAUCUAAUGAUUCGUAUUAUCCAGACUGGUGGUAUAUGGACAUUGGAUUCUCAAAUCAUCUUAAUGGAAAUAAGAAAUGGAUGGUUGAUUUUGACUCUAGAAAGAGGACACAGAUCAAAUGUGCUAAUGAUAAAUACCUCAACACUAAAGAUGCUAAGAGAAGGAAGUUGGAUGACAGAAGAAAAGUUAUGUUUCUUGUAGAGUACCACAAUACAGGUGCUUAUGAACUCUAUUGUCCUGUCACUAACAAGGUUGAUAUCAGCAGAGAUGUCAUUGUGAAAGAAUCAGAAUCGUGGGAUUGGAGUGAGUCUCAAUUCAACUCUGGUGAGUUAACUUCUGAAGAUACUUCAAAAUAUGAAGGUUCUGAAGAUGAUUCAGAAUCAGAAGGCGACUCUGAAGGAGAAUCUUCUUCUGAAGGAGAUUCUGCCUUUGAAGAUGAUUAA